AUGUCGGCGGCGGUGCAGCCGGUCGCGACACUGCCAACUCUGGCGAGUAGCGUUCCGCCGCCGCACAAUCCUCUCCACCACACAGCUGGAGGAUUGGCGUUGCCUCCGUUGGGCUCGGCGCCGGUGAUGAUGUCGCGUCCACCGACCAGCACGAUGCCAUCCUUGGGACCCUCGUUGCCGCCCUCGCAUCAGGACACCGCCGACUUGGCCGAAGCUGCGCCCAACCAGGACGUCCUCUUGGCUCUCCUCGCCAGGAACAAGAACUUGGAAGAACGGAAGAUCGAAACACCAAGCUGUUUUCCGAUCAAGGAUGAACCUUCGAUACCGAAAUGUGGAGGCUGUCAAGAAGCGAUUUUGGACAAGUACGUUCUAAGGGUUCUCGAAAGGUGUUGGCACGCAAGGUGUCUCACGUGCCGGGACUGUGGUGCAAGAUUGACCGACAAAUGCUUCGCAAGAAACGGCCAUGUUUUUUGCAAGGACGACUUCUUCAAGUAUGGCAGGCGUUUCGGGACAAAAUGCGCGGGCUGCGGCCAAGGAUUGGCACCGUCGCAAGUCGUGCGUAGGGCGCAAGAAUUGGUCUACCACCUAACCUGUUUCUCCUGCGCCCUUUGCUCUCGACAGCUGGACACUGGCGACGAGUUCUACCUCAUGGAGGACAGAAAGCUUGUUUGCAAGCCUGAUUACGAACAGGCGAAAGCAAAAGAAUUGGCGGAUGGCGGAAGCAUAGAUGGUGACCAGCCAAAUAAAAGGCCAAGGACUACGAUCACAGCUAAACAGCUGGAGACUUUGAAAUUAGCGUACAAUACCAGUCCUAAACCAGCGAGGCACGUGCGAGAGCAACUUUCUCAGGAUACAGGACUCGAUAUGCGCGUCGUCCAAGUCUGGUUCCAGAACAGGAGAGCAAAGGAAAAGAGACUGAAGAAAGAUGCGGGUAGAACAAGAUGGUCUCAAUAUUUUCGAAGUAUGAAAGGGACGGGGGCUGGUGGACAUUCACCUAGGCAUGAUAAGUUACUUGAUAAGGACGAACUUAAAGUCGACUUAGAUUCCACGUUUGGUCACCAUGAUUUGAGUAACGACAGUUACGGCACAGUGGUGAACAUGGGAUUAGAUGGUGAAGGCGCGAGUCCAGGUGGGGGUGGAAAUGGGGCUGGCGGAGGACCUCCACGUGGUUAUUUGGGUGCAACGACUCCCCCUUAUCUCUCAACGUCCAGAUCACCGUCCUUACCACCUCAAUUUCCAUAUCCACCGGAUGCUGGUCUCUCCGUCUACACUUCCCUUGGUGGUUACCCGGACUUUCCACCCUCGCCCGAUUCAUGGCUCGGCGAACCACCACCUCCACACGCUCACCACCAUUCCCACUACUCCACAUAA